CUCCUGCUAUCUGCGAGUCGCCGCGCUGCGUGUGGCCGCUGCUGUUGUUGUUGUUGUUGCUGCUGCUGUUGUUGUUCUGUGGUGCCGCAAGCGCAGAGGGGAGACGCGCGGGGCUUCUUCUCUCCCAUCCUCGCUUCUCGUCUCCAUCGACGGCAGUCGCUGCAGCCGGUGGGGUGCUGCGUGGUGGCCUCGCUCAGCCGGUAGCCAGGACGACCUCCUCCACUCCUGGAGGCCCCGUGUGGAGGCCCCGUGAGGAGGCCCCCCGUGAGGAGGGAGCCCCCCGUGAGGAGGGAGCCCCCCGUGAGGAGGGAGCCCCCCGUGAGGAGGGAGCCCCCCGUGAGGAGGGAGCCCCCCGUGAGGAGGGAGCCCCCCGUGAGGAGGGAGCCCCGCUCGCGAUGCGGCUGCUGCGCUGCCUGCGGCGCGCCGCCUCUGCGCUGAAGUCGCUGCAGUCGCAGGUGGAGUUCUACUCGCGCUUCUCGCCCUCGCCCCUCUCCAUCAAACAGUUCCUCGACUUCGGCUUUAAGAAUGCGUGUGAGCGAACGUCGUUCGUCUUCCUGCGCCAGGAGCUGCCCGUGCGUCUCGCCAACACCAUGAAGGAGAUCAACCUCUUGCCCGAGAAGCUGCUGCACACGCCCUCUGUGCAGCUCGUGCAGAGCUGGUACGCCAAGAGCAUGACCGAGAUCCUGGGGUACGUGGAUAAGAACCCCGAUGAUGGAAAGGUCCUCACCAACUUCACAGAGACACUGCUGGAGGUGCGCACCCUGCACAAGGACGUGGUGCCCACGAUGGCGCAGGGCGUGAUGGAGUACAAGGAGGUGUUGGGCGUCGACCCGGCCUCCGACCGCAACGUGCAGUACUUCCUCGACCGCUUCUACAUGAGCCGCAUCUCCUUCCGCAUGCUCAUCAACCAGCACGCGCUUCUCUUUGGCCUGGAGGACAUCCACCCAAAGCACAUUGGAACCAUCGACCCCACGUGCCAGGUGGCAGAGGUGGUGCAGGAUGCCUUCGAUAGCGCCAAGCAGCUGUGCAAUCAGUACUACCUGGGAUGUCCCGACGUUCAGAUCCAGCAGCACAACGGGAAGAACCCGGGCCUUCCCAUCCAGGCGGUGUAUGUGCCCUCUCACCUCUUUCACAUGCUCUUUGAGCUCUUAAAGAAUGCGGUGCGAGCGACGGUGGAGCACCACGGGGAGUCGGACUUCCCCCCCGUUCACGUGCUCAUCACGCUCGGCCCUGAGGACCUCACCAUCAAGGUGAGCGAUCAGGGAGGAGGAGUUCCUCUCAGGAAGAUUGAGCGACUCUUCCACUACAUGUACUCCACCGCGCCUCCACCCCACACCGAUGUCUCCCGCGCCCCGCCACUGGCCGGCUUUGGCUUCGGCCUGCCCAUAUCGCGGCUCUAUGCGCAGUACUUCAAUGGGGACCUGAAGCUCUACUCCAUGGAGGGGCAGGGCACGGACGCGCUCAUCUACCUGAAGGCGCUGUCGAGUGAGUCGGUGGAGAAGCUGCCGGUGUUUAACCGCUCAGCGUGGCGCCACUACCGCAACUUGCAUGAGGCCGACGACUGGUGCGUGCCGAGCAGCGAGCCGCGCAACGUGCUCAACAAGACGACCUGACUGCACCUCUCCACUACCCCGAGCUCCUCACACCGCACGAUGUAAUUAACGACUAGACCACCCGCUCUCGCCACACUACAGUGCAAUACACCACCCAACAACUCUACACUCAACUACAUAAGACACCCGUACUAUACCACACUACUCUGUUACACCGCGCUGCUCUUCACCACCCUACAGUGAGCCAUGCAACAUGUGAGCAGCGCUAUAGAUGCCUCAUGCUGAAUGAGGGCUUCUCAAAAACAUUUGGACACUACACCAGUGCACACCACAGUAAACACUACCACACCGCGCUCACGUGGACACAAACGGUACUGCAGUAAUGCACUCUUCCGCACCACUUGGGCCUUUGAAGGCCGUAUCGAUGAGCAGUGCUGCGCAGCUAUGAAAAGUACUCACACUCCGUGUGCUUGGUAUGUACUACUGGGCCAAGGCUCGUACACACACACACGCACACACACAUGCACACAAUAGAGUGUGCACUUGUACGCACACUGUAGGUGUCGCCUCGCUCCAAACUGUGCAUCGGAUGAGGAUUCUGUAUCUCAUGAGACGAGGGUUCUGCAUCAGAUUGGAUGUGCGGUGGUGUUAGGCCUCACGGUAAAUAGGUCCAUGGGUUCAGUUCCUGACACACAGCACCUUUCUUCUGCGUGGAAUUAGUUUUUAGUUUGUUUCCCCCCUCGUCUGCAUGUGUUUCCUCCAGGUUCUCCCACAAUAAUAAAAUAUGCGAUAUUAUUAGUAUUGGCCAAACAUCCAAAUGCUGAAAAAUUACCGGCAGAUUAUUCAAUUGUGAUUAUACAUGGCAACUUCACCCCCGACUACAGAAAGAUGGCGGGACCCUCCUGAAAAAUGAUCUUGAGACUCGUUGAGGUUUUCCUGGGUAAGCGAGCGUGGUAGUAAUAAUGUCCUGUAUUGGAGCAGAUGAGGGUUUUGUUUCGGAUCGAUUAGGGUUCUGUAAUUGUUGAAGAAAGGGUUCCGUGUUAGAUGGUACGAGUUGUGUAUUUCAUAGAGGGUAGUUCUGACGAGACGAGGGCUCUAUAAGUUUGCUGGAGGUGACCAGGUGUCAAAUGCACCGAAGUGCUGAUUUUGUACGUUCAAGGCAGAGACAGUGAGCACUCACAGUGAUGUUUUAAGUGAUAGAUCUUCAAGAUUAUAAAUCUUGAACAAAGGGUUUUGGUUGUUAAGCAAAUGUGUGUUUUGAUGAAUGGUUAUACAACAUAUACCGUGUGUAGUGUACGUUUCGUGGAAAGCAUGUGGCCCUGUGGAAGGGAACUCAUGUGAUAUUGGAAUUCCAGUAGUGACGACAUGACGAGCAUGUUGUCACGACUGGAACUGAAGGUGAAAUAUAUUUAUUUGAAAUUGGUGUCCUUUAUUUAACCAGGCGAGGGCACGUCUAUAUUAAUUACCUCUUUUGCACAUGAGUCCUGGUACUUGCAUGGUCGACAUUUGUUAAUAUAUCGGUGGUGAAGUGGCGUUCACCGCUUAUUGCAGAGGUUCACAGUUAAAAUCCGGCAAGCCACCCUGAUUAAUGCUGCGGUGUAGUAACCAUAACAUACUAUGUGCUGUCUGCCUCACAAUGGACGUUAAAGAUCCCGUCACUGUAGACCAUUGUUUGUCAGUCCAAUUUAUCACAAAUUUAAUAAUUAUGCGCCUAAAUAUUAAAUUGGAAACGCAUCGCAAUUGUCGCCUCCUGUGAAAACUUGGCAGGACCUUCUUGGAAAACAGUUGAGGCCCAGUGAGGCUUUGCUGGUUAAAUAACAGUAACACAAGUAAUCUCGAAUAGUUUCAUGAAUAGCGACUAAAAGUGCAAGACAAGAAGUAGUAGCACAGCCGCCGUCGACUGUUUUUGAGACAUCGCCUGACUGAAAUUCUCUUCCAGUCGCCAUGGGGUUAAGUUGCCACCAAUUAGGUGAGGGUUGGAGUGAAUUCUGUUUCACUUGAGUUUUGAAAACUGUUAAUUGUAUGAGGCCAGGCUCCAAAUCCUCUGGGGGAGGGGGGGGGGCAGAAGAGCGGUUGUGUGAGGGGCCACGGUCACCGUAAUUCGCCACUAACAAGCGUAAACUUGACGGGCCAAGGGGACACUUGGCGGUGCAGGGUUCAGCCCAGUGCCGGCCUCGCAUUGGCCCUUAUUUGAAUGUUCAUCUCUUGACCGUUGAAUAGAAUGUACAGAAUUGUAGCACCGUCGGGAGCACAGGUGGUGCAUCUGUCAGUCAUCUUGAGUCGGUCACCCGAUUACGAUUGGGUCUGUUGUCAACUGCCAUCGAGCCUUUGACGAUGCAUAAGCUUGCGGUAUUGUCAAAUAACGUAUUAAAAUGUAUUGCUCAGUUUGUAUGCACCCAAUCGGUUCACGUGACCCCUGAAACCACUAGAUGCCGUUACAAUGUAAAAAUUAUCGAUUUAUAGAAUCAAAAGUGCGACCGAAUUGCGGCAAUUUGUUGAAAUCGCCGUAGGGGUGAAUCGUCGACCUCUACGGCAGGGAGCGAGUCGGCGGCGGCCUCGUCGUAGUCGCCCCUCGAGGCGUGGGUCGCAACGCCGUCGCUAAAAUCGCGGUUCAGAAUGUGGGCUUUGUUUAAGGCGUGGAGGCAUUUGCUGGCAGUCGCGGCAGAUGCCACAUGCAGGGGCAUUCUCACAGCUUUUCCAGUGCCCUACUUAGAGGGCAUGCCCCCCUCGCCUCUCUCUCAGCCAACGAUCUCCCAGUCUCCCCACCGCCCGCCGCCACGAACCCCGCACUUCAUACCGAGCCGAAUGCACAGCGUGGCUUCUUUAAGUAGCAGACAGCCAAAUGAAGUCUUACAUCUAAAACAAUCCUCGCUCAAGUUGUUUGUUCUGAUGCCAGUAAUUCACUCUAAAUAUGAACGAUGCUUUUAUUAUUAGCAAUAAAGGAUUGUGUUCUGCUUUG